AAAUUGUCGACCUUGUUCACUGGCCACGUGURGUACCAUCAAUGGUACUUGUGUUGAGGACCCCCCUGGCUCARRCUCCACAAAGUGUCAAUGUACUCCAGCUGAGAGUUGCUCUCAGUCCAGCAAGCCUGUUUGUGGUGCUAAUGGGAAGAGUUAUCRAACCAAGUGUCACCUUGCUGCCGAGGCCUGUACCACGCAGACUCCAAUAGCAUUGCGUUCUGAUGGUCCAUGUGAUGCCUGUGCCAUGGUGAAGUGUCUCUACAAUGCUAACUGUAARGUGACMAGUAGAGGGACCGUUCAAUGUGUCUGCAGUAGUGUCUGUCCACCAGUGUAUAAACCAGUAUGUGGCAGUAAUGGUGUCACUUACCAGAACGAAUGUUUCGCCAAGAAAGAAUCAUGUGACAAGCAAUUCCAGUUAUCAAUCAGUCCAGGAAUUUGUGGAGUCGUAACCAAACCCUGUUCGGCACGCCAAUGUUCCUAUGCUGCUAAGUGCGUGCAAACUGGAAAUUCUCUGGAAUGCCAUUGCCCUGAAGAGGCUGACUGUCCAGAGAAGGCCUCACCGGUUUGCGGUUACGAUGGAAAGGUAACCAAGACUUACAAGAGUAAAUGUUUGAUGGAAGUGGAAAGCUGUUCUAGGAAGGUUGACAUCAAUAUUGUACGGUAUGGUGAAUGUGCAUCCUGUGCCAAAGUUAAAUGUAAGUUUUAUGGAAGAUGUGUCGCGACAUUGGCAGGCAGCACCAGUUGUGUCUGUCCGGAUAAAAAGUCAUGUCCACGUACUGUAAACAUAGUUUGUGGCAGUGAUGGCCGUAGCUACCUGAAUGAAUGCAACAUGAGAGCAAGAUCUUGUAGGAUAAAGCAGAGCAUUAUGGUCAGCAGACAAGGAUACUGCAAUAUUUGUCAUAUGGUUCGCUGCCCGAAGAAUACUCACUGCUUUGCUAAGCCUGGCGGAGACUAUGAAUGCCGCUGUCCCAAAGUGYCAGAGUGUUCAUCAGUCGGACCUCAAGCCUGUGGUAGUGAUGGUCGGACGUAUGAUAAUAAGUGUAAACUUAUAGCUGAGGCUUGUAGACAAGAGCAAAUAGGACUACCAUCCACACUGACAGCUAUCAGAGAUGGGAAUUGUGAAAGUUGUGAUGGUGUUCAUUGCAAGGACAGCAAGAUCUGUAAGUUGUCCAAUAGAAGAGCAUCUUGUGUAUGUCCAGAUCCAAGCUACUGUGACAAGAAACCUGACCUAGUAUGUGGGUCAGACGGAAAGGAGUAUGCUAAUGAGUGUCUGCUGAAGGUCGCCGCAUGCCAAAAGAACAUUGGGCUCAAAGUUGCCAGUAAAGGAAAAUGUGGUGGAGGGUGCGCUAUUCAUAAGUGCAGAAUGUAUGCCACAUGUCACGAGUCGCCUAACCGUUCCCCAGUGUGUGUGUGUCCAAGAAGAAAGAACUGUCCAACAGACAUUAGGCCAGUUUGUGGUAGUGAUGGAAAGAGUUACAUCAACAUUUGUUUCUUGAGAGUGAUUUCUUGUUGGACCAAGAAGGUCAUCACAAAGACUAAAGAUGGCGCAUGUGACCCUUGCAGGCUUGUAACAUGCAAGUACUAUGGCAAAUGCCAAGCCGGUCAACGUGGAGGAACACGGUGCAUAUGUCCGUCUACCUGUCAAUCAACACCUCAACCAGUGUGCGGCUCAGACUUACAAACUUACAAUAACGAAUGCCAAAUGAAAGUGAAGUCUUGUAACUCACAGAAAGAAAUUCGAGUUCUUCACAAAGGACCUUGCAGUCCAUGCACUGAUCACAAGUGUCAUCCCAACCAAGACUGCUUUGUCGAAAACAAUAAACCUAUUUGUAAAUGUCCAAAGUGUGACGACAAAUCUGAUAAACCGUUGUGUGGUAAUGACAGAAAGACUCAUCUUAGUAAAUGUAUGCUGAGGUUAGAGGCUUGUUCUACUGGGAAAGAUCUUUAUAUGCUUAAAGAAGGAGCUUGUGAUCCAUGUUCCUACAAAAAGUGUGGGGAGUUCGAACGAUGUACCAUCACUCCAGACAAUAUCCCAGAAUGCCUUUGUCCAGCCAUCACCGAAUGUAAAGUAAUAUCUCAAGUAUGCGGAAGUGAUGGAACGACCUAUGCAAGCCAGUGCCACCUUAAAGUAAUGAACUGCCUCAAAAACAGGAGGAUUCGCGUCAAGCAUGCUGGUCAAUGUGGUGUCAUUUCGAAUCCUUGCUCGCUCACACGUUGUCCAUACAAUGGUCRGUGUGAUGAUUCUUCUGGUCAAGUGAUCUGUUCGUGCCCUCAGCUUAAAGAUUGCCCACGUGACAACAACCCAGUCUGUGGUAGUGACCUCAUCUCAUAUAGAAACAAGUGUUAUAUGGUCGCUCUGAAUUGCCCAAAGAAGCACCAAGUGUAUGUCAAGUACAAUGGCUACUGUGCCGCCUGUGCGUUCGCCCAGUGUUAUCGCAUCUUUGCAAAGUGUGUUACUACAAGGUAUAAAACUGCCAAGUGUGUCUGCCCCACUCUUAAUGACUGUUCAUUCUUAACGGGAGAUGUAUGUGGAAGUAAUAUCAAGACAUAUAAAAGUGAAUGCCAUCUGAGGGUUGAUGCAUGUACUACUAACAAGGCGCUAACGGUCCUAAAGAGAGGACGCUGUGAAACUUGCAAAACCAAAACCUGCCAGCACUACUCAACAUGUAAGAUGGUAGACAGUUCUCCCAAGUGCAUUUGYCCGAAAAGCGAGGACUGCUCCAAGGAMACCAGCCCUGUAUGUGGUUCAGACGAUAAAGAUUAUGCCAACCUAUGUCAACUUAAAGUACGCUCAUGCUCAUUACGUGUGUCAAUCACUGUCAAGAAYCAAGGAGUCUGUGAUCGAGGAGAUUCGGUUGGAUUUUUGAAUGGAAAUGGUUAUCUCAAAUACGCCAGUCUUCCUGGUAAAAACAGCCAAACGUCAAUCAGCAUGGUAUUCCGGCCAACUAGUCAGAGCGGCGUGCUACUAUUCUCGAUGCAAGGGACUGGGUCCCUGAAGAAAUUUGAUUACAUUGUUAUUCUUCUUAGAAGAGGAUUUGUGGUGUUAAGCUAUGAUCUCGGUAAAGGCUCCGUUCAAAUUCAAACCACGACGAAAGUUAAUUUAAACAACUGGAACCGUUUGAUAAUAACGCGAAAUGGUGAAGCGGGUACCAUCAAUCUGAACGGUGUGUCAGUCAGUGGAAGUGCUCGAAAGGGACUCACGGGUCUUAACGUCGAUCAAGGCUUGUAUCUUGGCGGUAUUCCAAUCAAAAUCCCAGCCAAGUUAUCAAAGCUUAUGCAGACAACCGCUGGCUUCAUGGGCUGCAUCCGGGAACUACGUAUCAAUAAAGCAGUAAUGGGACUCAAGAGGCUGGUCCCCGCACAACCAUUUGGUCCCAUUGAGGCUCGAUCUCAAGUCGAUGGCUGUGUUUACCAUAAAUGCAUGAUGAUGGGUUGCUUGAAUGGGGCAUCGUGUGCAGAGCUCAGUGGAGCCGCCUUUUGUCGGUGUCCCUAUGGUUUUAUAGGACAGCGGUGUGAAAAGAGAACUGAAGUGCCCUAUCUGUCAUCAAAAGCCUUUAUCGCUCUUCAGUCUUUUAUUAAACUACGAAAUCCGGUUUCAAAAUCCCAGAAGUCCAAAGUAGAGGGUUUGUCGUUUAAGAUUAAACCCGAAGCAGAUAACGGUGUCAUAUUCUACACUGGGGCGAGCGACGGGAAGGCUGACUUCAUGUCWCUGGCAAUGAGAAACGGAAAGCUUGAGUACCGGUUUAGYGGCGGUAAAGGUGUUCAGAUACUUACAAGUGGUACCCCGCUUCGUCUUAACCAACCUGCCAGAGUUCAAUUGAUAAGAAACAGAGGCACUUUGACCAUGAUUGUUAAUGGGGUUCGGUAUACUAAAACAUUCAAAGGCUGGUUUACUCUUGAUUUGAAUAGUAUCUCAACAUUGGGAUUGGCCACAGAAGGCGUUUAUGGAUCCGCAAAGUUGUUAUUGAAAGCUCAGAACGACACAGGCCUGACUGUAAGCUUCAAAGGAUGCAUCCAAGAUUUCACAGUUGAGGAUCCAAGUUUACGAUCUCGUGCUAUCGACCUCUCGAGCACUAACCGUUUUGUGCAGGCAAUAGGUACCAAGAAAUGUGGCUGCAGGGACCAGGCUUGYCUCUUUGGGGGUCAAUGUGUCGAAAGAUCAACCGACUUCCGGUGCGACUGUAAAGUUGGUUACACGGGUCCUCGAUGUGAAGUGGAAGCUUGUGGCAAGAUCAAAGUGGAUGUUGGUAUAGCUAUCGAUGGCUCCAAUAGCGUUGAUAAGAAGGAAUAUCGUAGUGUCCUUGAUUUUGUCAUCGAUCUUAUCAAGGUUUUCCCCAUCUCUGAGGAGGAAUCUCGUGUUGGGAUCUUAGAAUACGGUUCAAACGCAACAAUUAAGAUCAAUUUUGACGAAUUCUUCGAUCGAGGACGCUUAAUCACUGCUGUCAAUCAACUCAAACAACAAGGUUCAACAGUAACAAGAAUAACAGAUGGAAUUAAAAAGGCUAUAGAGCUAUUCGACGAGUCCGCUGGACAUGGUGCUCGCGGUGACGACGUCCAGAAAGUCUUCAUAUUUUUCACCGACGGUUACGAAGAAGGCUCAUUUGAAGAGUUACAAAAAGCUGCUAAUACAUUAAAAUCCAAAACGAAUAUGAAAGUGAUUGCUGUUGGAGUGGAUCGAAUCAGUCCUCRACAGAUUGAAACCAUUGCGUCUAGCAUAGACAACGCUUUUAAGUUGAGGCGUUUUGAAGAGCUUGGACCUGUGAUUGCCAAGAUACGUCCUGUUGUUAAGUGUAUUCAAAAUCAAAGAUAAAGAACUUAAAAAUCCAGUGACGUCUAAUUCUAAGAUAUAUCAAGGACAUAAAGCUAAGAACCCGUCCCCCCUUAGGAAUUCCUGAGAGGGGAGGGAAGGAGAUCAAAGUAUUGCUGUCGUAAUGGGUAAUAAAUACUUAAGUGUAAACUGUUUUGUAAAUGCUUUUAACUUUUAGGAAAUAGUGGUGAGAAGUUUUUGAUUAAAUGUUAGGCUGUACUUUGCAUGAAUUUUUUUACAUAAAAUGAAAUAUUAUUGCUAUUCAAUGAUUAUAUAAAUGUAAUAAAAGUGAUUUUAAUCAAAUACCAGUUA